AUGAUUUCUACAAUGAUCCGCCCGGAGGAUAUUAUAAGGAUGCCUCCUUCGUAUCGGGACAUAGAAGAAGAAAGCGGGAGCCGAGAGACACCUGAGCCAAUAGCACCCUCAUCGUCGUCAUCAUCCAACACCGAAGGAUCAUUCAAAAAUGAGGAUGCAGUCGCAUUGAUGAAUGAGACUACUGGUGAUAGUAACAGCAUACCAGCAAAGCCGCUGAAGGGCCCUCGAUUACUCUCCCCGGAGGAGACGAUUGAACUCGCACGUCGCGCUGUAGAAAACGGAAUUCAGGAAACAAAACGCUCUUUGGCAGGCAGUGAGGCUGUCAGUGAUGUGGUGAAGCCGAAGUUGACCAUUGAUUUGGGCCACUCGAACAUUUCUCGCAUUCCGGAGCCUGUUGUGGAUGCUAUAAAGGAUGAGGUUGAACGUCUGUCAUUGUCGAACAAUCAUCUGGUCCAUAUCCCGUAUCGGUUCGCGGAAUGUUCGCAUCUUCGAUAUCUUAACAUUAGGGCCAACAACUUCCGUGAAUUUCCCAAAGGAGUGAUCAAGUUGCCGCUCCUAGAGAUCCUAGAUUUGAGUCGCAAUAAGAUCAGUCAGCUUCCGGAAGAAAUCAAGAAGCUCACGUCUCUUCGAGUUUUGUCGGUCAUGCAAAAUCGCCUUGAUGAUUUACCUCUUGGUGUAUCGGAUAUGAAUAAGCUUCAGAUUCUAAAGGUCGCUGGAAACCCGCUGCGGUACCCGCUUCGGAAACUACUGGACACUUCAGAGACUGAGAUUACAUCUUCAGCAAUGACCGAUAACGAGAAGGAAGUUGCUGUCACGGCUGAAUUAAAAAGAUUUCUCAAGACUCGGCAGCCUAUUGCUCCUCAAGACUAUGACAAGAUGAAUGAGCUAAGUGAGGGAAUUAUGGAUACACCCAAACCCGUCAAACGGGGAAUGAGCAGCCGUUUCCCAGUGAUCCCAAGCACAGGUGAUGGUGCUUCUGACCCCAAAUCACCGUCACUCUCGCGGCCACCUCCUAUCCCACUCAAAUCCCAUUAUCGUAUUGCUUCUGGACACGGAAGUGCUUUUCACAGUGGCCUUCAACGGCCAGGGCCCAUACCUGGAAUCAAUGAACGCAAUCGAAGUAAUAGUGAAGGUAUCAUCCAGGCGUCCUUUGCAACCCGCUCUAAGCGAAUGGGACUCAUUAGUCGAAAAAACACCGACCUCGGCACUCUGGAUGAGAUGCGGCCGUACCGGAACAGCCAUCUCCGUGGCCUUAGUUAUGGGUCUAUCCUUCGGACAAGGCCAUCUAUCAGCAACUCAUCUAGCCCGAGCAGUCCACGUGAGCGCAGACGACCUAGGGAUGGAUAUGUGAACAGAAUGUCAAGCUUGCCGGAACACAAGGGUGAGUGGGAAACGGGAGAACCUAUCAUCAAAAGCGCGAAAGGCAUCCUUUUUGCUCUGUUUCAAGUGCAGUCUCAUGUCUAUUCCUUAAUCAACGUUAUUAGGCGCAACGAAGAGCGGCGCAAUAGUCUCGAAAUCCUUUUCUACAAUGCCACCACGCAUGUGGACCGACUGAACGACGCCUUGGAGAAUGCAGAAAACUCAAGAACCGAGGACGCGGAGCCCAUGCGGGCUUCCUACGAAGCCGUCAAACGAGAGUGCGAAACAUGCAUCAUGGCGUAUUCCCAUGUUGGUGCGCAACUGCGCAACAGUCUUGAUCGAAUUGUUGCCAACGGUGACUCGCGCUACGUGCGCUCGCUGAUGCUCAUGAUUUUCGGUAGCGUGAUUGAGCUUCGCAAUGCUUGCACCGGCUUGGAAGUUCCUGUCCAACCCCAAACACAGCCAACUGGUAAAUUACCGGUACCUGAGGUCUACAAGGAGUCUCUCAGUUCGGACAGGCUUGCUGGUGCGACAGUGACCCCAAUGCGGGGAAGAGAGCCCUCAUUCUCAACCCGACGGCUCCGCAGCGACACGACAAUCCUGCAUCCUCAGAUUAGCACAAAUGGGCCUCUACCAGCGUCAACCACCUAUCAGUCUGCCGUCAGCUCCCCAGGUUUUGCACCCACGCCAUUAAGCUAUGGCGCACGGAGCCGAUCUAGCAGCCGGUCCAAUCAUAUAAAUACAUCCGUGCCUUCUUCUCUCGCCACCCCUCGGUCAGGCGAGUCGUUUCCCCCUAUGCCUACGUCGGUAAUACCGCGGAUCAACCCCUUAACAGGCCUCGACGAGAUAGAAGAGGAGCGUAUCUUUGAAAAAGUUUUCUACCAGCUCAGCGCGGCCUACACGGCUGCUCUCCAUGCCUUGCCCAUAGCGCGCCGUCAGUUCGAGGCUAAACUUGCAGAGCAGAACCGAGAAUUCGGCGACAUUCAAAUGCUGUGGAACAAUCUCAUCCGCCGCUGCCGUGCAUGCGAAGACGUAUCCGAAGCCCUCGGAGUUCGCUUAUCCAACAUGAAAAUCAAGGAGCCAGGCGGGGGCAUGCGUAAUCAGCGCGAAUUUUGGCAGCUAUGCAAGUCGUUCAUGCAAUCCUUUGUUGACUUGGUGACAGAUAUGCGCGAAGUGCGGAACAUGCAUCUCCUUCCGUCCGAGAUCAUUGUGAUUCUUCGACCAGUUCAGAAGUCAAGCAGAGAAGCAGGUCGCUUGAUCGAAGCCUCGCCGUGGUCAUAUCUCGCAGAUCUUGCUCCCGGAAACGGUCCGACGGCCAUAUACGGACCGCCAUUACCGUCGCAAAAUCAUCAUAACCACAACCAUCACCACAAUCCCCAGCUCAACACGAACCUAUCGCCCCAAUUCGUCAAUCUUCCUGCAACGCCCCUGAGCGCGGCUCUCGGUCCGGCUGCACAGGCCACGGUACCUUCUACCCCCGCGAGUGCAUACAGCGACAAAUUCUUCGAGGGAGACGUCUUCCAACGCGCCGACUCCUUACUCUCAAUGCCAAACCAGGCGCCAUUUUUUACUCGACGAUAA